GGGGAGAGAGAGAGCGUCUCACAAUGCACUUCUGGAUUGAUAAGCGCUCCCAGGCGUGUGGCUUUGGACGCGCCCGUGUCGCGGCGUCGCUCUCCGGCACGGGAUUCGGUUAUCAUCCGCGACGUCCGCGCGGGAAGUCCAUGGUCACUCCUGUACACCGCUUUCCCGCCAUCCAAGCGCCCCCGAGCGCCCCGCCGAGGCACCAGAGAUGCCAGGGAAGUCACAGUCAUCACCACCAUCUUCAUCACUCGCAGCAGCCAGGACACCAGGCACAGGCCGUGCACGACUCCAAUUGCCACCUUGCAGUAGCUUCACUCCCCCACACAUACGCCAGUGGUCCAUCGCACGCCCUGGAUCUCGAGCACGGCUCUCUGGGCCUCGCCGCCCAGUCGGACUCCGCCACCGCGCCCCAGUUGCUGCUCGGCAACGAGGCGCGCAGCGCGGAGUCGCAGCUGUUGCCGACGCACCUCAAGUGCGGCAUGUGGGCCUCCUUGGCGCUCGCGACGGUGUUCGUGGCGGGCGCCAAGUUCUACUUCGAUCACCAGGGCACUGGACUCGAGGUGCUGAUCUUCUGCGCCUUCUCGGCCACAUUCUUCCUCGCCGCGUGCACCGUCUCGCUCUGCCGGCGCUCGCGCGACAUCCAUUUCCCACCGGUGACGCCGUCUGUGGCUUCCGUGGAUCACGUUGUGGUCAACGCGACAGCCGAAUCACCACAAAUCGUCCAUCAGAGCGUUGCCAAUUUGUCGCAACAGAGUGCAACUGCAGCAACAAUUGUGGCUGUGACCCCGCCGCCGGCGCCUCCGCCACCUUAUCACAUUGCCAUCCUCUUGCCGGAGAACUCGAAGGACGUGGAGGAGUCGCCGCCGCCAGCGUACGACAAAAUUGUGAUUUAAAUAUCAAAUCGCGCGAAAAGGCCACAAAUGCAGCACGAAAAGUAUUUUAAUGACAUUUUAGGAAAAUGGAUUUCCCGCAAAGAAUGCUAGAAACGUACGUUUCACUCUCGUAAUUCCACUGUCUCCAAUCUACUGCCCUCUAGCGUGAAGCACAGCAUACAGUGCUCGUAAUCUUAUCUUGAAAGAGUAUAAGAGAAAAAAAAUGAAUUUGUUGAACUGAAACGAAUAUUUUCUAAAUGUGAUUGUUUUUAAAAAAUGAAAUUCAUUUCCCUUUUCUAUAUCUAUACCAUUCUUUUAAUGACAUAAGCAAAAAAAUGCAUGUAAAAGUGAAGAAAAAAAAUGGAAAAGUUUAUUGAGUAGAUAUUAAUAGAUUUGAUCUGUAAUGUCAGAAUGCCAAUAAAGCAGACAGAAAAUGCAGAACAAA